UUUAUCCUUUAGUGAGACGAUCAUAUUCGAAUUUGAAUUAAUUGAGUCCCCUUGGUCUUUCGGAUACUAAUAGUGCGCACCAAGACCAAUGCAAAAAAAGUUAUCAUCCAAUCAAACACCCCGUCCCCUCUUUCUUUGCGGCUUCUCCAUAUAUAUUACCAGUCCCUCUCCGUUACUAACGACAUUCUCACCCAAGAGUAUUCGACACUCGCAAUAAAUGAAAAUCAAAUGGUCGUCAUCCCCCAAGAUGACCGAAGAGGAGGCCACGGCAGAGCAGUUGACGAGGGCAGGGUGGUUGUACCAUGAGCUGGGGCUGAGGCUAGCGGCAUUGGGCCUGACGCUGGCAGCGGCUGUGGUGGUGGGAGUGGAUAAGGAGACCGAGGUUGUCUCGGUCUCCAUUGCUUCGAGCUUGCCCCCCCUGCGUGUCCCAGUGACUGCUAAGUGGAACUACAUGUCUUCCAUCGUUUACUUCAUGGCAUCGAAUGCCAUCGCGUCCUCAUAUGCAAUUGUAUCCCUGUGCUUCGCCGCCUUCGCCCCUAGGGACAAUAUCAGACUGGUCCUAGGCAUCCUCGAUGCAGGAAUGGUCGGCUUCCUGCUCUCAGCCAACGGCGCAUGUGCGGCUAUCGGGGUCAUAGCCCGGGAAGGCAACUCCCACGUGCACUGGAACAAGGUCUGCGACUUGUUCAGCACCUUCUGCAACCGCAUGGCUGCUGCCGUUAUCCUGUCCCUGAUCGGAUCAUCCUUGUUCCUGUUUCUGACUGUGCUCAACAUGGUGAAACUGCACGAGAAGUCGAGAUCGAGAUAGAUGAUGGAUUGGGUGGAAGUCGGGUUGUUAUGCAUUAUAGCUAGCUACGGGUUUUUAGCUCUUGGUGGGUGAGAUGAAGUAAUUAAAGAGAGUAGGUAUAUGGGUGUAACUGAAAGAGUAAAUGGUGUUUGUUACCUUUGAUUAAUUUGGGGGGUUGAUGUGAACUUGGUGGAUAAUAUGCUUUCAGUGUGUUAUUGUGUUUCUAUGAUAUAUAGUAUCACAGCUAUUCUUAUGACA